AUGGAAAAGUCAUUUAGCCACUAUGACCCUCAGUUUCCUCAUCUCCAAGAGACUCCAAUUAUCACAAAAAUACAUCUGACUGCAAGAUGCAUCCUUCCAAAAUCGGAAGGUGGAUUAGAAGUCAAAGUCUUAUUUAUUGACACAGACUACCACUUUAAUAUGCUUCAGAUAGUUACAAUUCUUGAACACAGACUGCCCCAAAGCACAGAAGACAUAAUAAAACACUGUCUUGGAAAAUUUUUUCUCAUGAAUUGCAGCAGCAGUAACCAGUUACUUAUCACCCUUUACUCACUGGAAACUAUGUUUUGUAGUCACCCAUCCCUCUGCCUUUUCAUUUUAGAUAGUUUGUCAGCCUUCUAUUGGAUAGACCGGGGCAAUGGAGUAGAAAGCCUUAACUUACAAGAAGUUACUCUGAAGAAAUGUUCUAAAUUCAUGGAGAAGCUUGUAAAAGAAUAUCACUUGGUUCUCUUUGCAACCACACAAACCAUAAUGCAAAAAAGUUCAAAUUCAACAGAAAAAUCAUCUUCCUUAAAACUUUCUUGUGAAGAAGUAGAUAUAGACUAUAGACCUUAUCUUUUUAAGUCAUGGCAACGAAUGGUAAACCGUAGAAUUUUUUUUUCCAGACAUGAUAAUUUUGAAAGUAGCAACCAAAUGUUUUCAAUAGUGUCACAUCAUCUAAAAAGCAACAAUAUAAUAAAGCAUUUAUUUAGUAUUAGAGAAAAUGGGGUUCAUUUUUGA